GUGAAUAAGACGUUUAUUUGACGUUUGAAACGCCACAUUGUGACUUUUAGGUGAACGAACCUUCCUUUUCUAUUUUGUUGCGGAACACGAACUCGUGUCUUUGCUCGAUUUUACCCAAAAAAAGUCGUUCAAGAUGUCAACAGCUACAAUUCGUACACGUAAAUUUAUGACAAAUCGGUUAUUGUGCCGCAAACAAAUGGUUGUCGACGUUUUGCAUCCCGGUUUGGCAUCCGUGCCCAAGAAGGAGAUCCGCGAAAAGUUGGCUGCCAUGUACAAAGUCACGCCCGAUGUCGUCUUCACCUUCGGUUAUCAAACAAACUUUGGCGGCGGCAAAUCCACGGGAUUCGCCCUCAUCUACGAUACCUUGGAUUACGCCAAGAAAUUCGAGCCAAAACAUCGUUUGGGACGUCAUGGACUCUAUGAGAAGAAACAAGUGACCCGCAAACAACGCAAGGAACGUAAGAACAGAACGAAGAAGGUGCGCGGUACAGCCAAGGCAAAGGUUGGUCAAGCAUCCAAGAAGUAAACGAUCGUUGAAGCAAUUUAAACUGCUCGCGGUAUUAAGAUGGCAAACACUAUCAUGUCAUGAAAAUGAAAUAAAUAAUAAAAAAUCUUGCAAAAAAAA